UUUAAUUGGCGACUCUAAAUUGGUAGUCCUUCGUUGAACGGAGGUCGUCAUUUACUGGAGUCGGCGGAGUUUCCAGCUCACCGCAGAUCAUUUUUUUUUCCUGGUUGACUGAAUAAGCCCGAGCGGUAAAUUCGUCCUCGGCAUUUGCACAGCGGUGACCGCGAACGGACUGCGCUUGUCGCCUUUUCUGCGGCGGAUGUCAUAAUAACCGGAUAAACUUUUUUUUUGUUUUUUCGUCGCUUGAUACUUUCGCUCUGUGUCUCCCUCGCUCAUGCAAAGCGCGCCACCGCAUCGCCCCGCAGCGCCCCCCAGUCUGCCCGCGCACAGCUGCCACUCGCCGCCUCUUCUUCUUCUUCUUCUUCUUCUUCUCCUCCUCCUCAGCGCGGCUUCCCUGCGACGCACCACAAAUCUGUCAGGGCAGCUUGGCGCGGCAGGGGUGCGAGGUGCACGAGCAGAGCAGCGCUGACAUUCUCGGGAACUCCGCAAGUUUUCGGUAAGGGUGGUCUCCUUCUGUUUCGUCACCCGGGACACCUUUUUUUUGCCCCUGAAACUUCCUCUACGUUAAAUGAGGGGAUUUCUGCUUGUCGGCACUUUGGAUUUCGAGGAACGAUGGAUUUUAAAAUGUUUCCUCCAUAUGGAUUUUUAUUUCUGAUGUGACAUUUUGCAGAAGACCAUAACAAAAAAAAAGUGGUAACAUGGCAUUGGAUCAGCCGCCGCUGUCGUCGAAGCAGGUGCUCGUUUGGUUUGUCAUAGCUCAUCAUUUCUUUUCUGUUACUGCCUGUGAUGAAGCCUUCUACGUGCACGCCAUUGAAAAUUUAUGUUUAGUCAAGUUCCAAGGUGACAUGGAGGCUCUGGGCCAACGGUACUGGUGCGACUGGGACGAAACAGUUGAAUCGUAUAAAGAGCUCACCAACUGCACGUAUUUGGUAGCUGAGGAACUGAAAUGCUAUUGGCCCAACCAGUUUGUGGAUGAAUUUUUCAUUGGGGUCCACAAAUUCUACUUCAGGAACUGUUCACUGUCAGGCCGCUCGCCCAAAGACCCUCCGAACAACAUCUUGGGCCCAAUGAUUGUGGUGCCGAUCAUCGUGACGCUACUCAUGACUGUGCUCGUAGUGUGGAGAAGCAAACGCAGUGAGGGGAUUGUGUAAAAUUUACUAAACAAGAAAACGAUAAAUCAGAUAGACUGUGUUACCACGGACGUUGUUGCCACGAAGGAGGUAGAGGAGUGCAGGAGUGACGAACACUUGGAGAGCGGCCACCGACGCGGGUCACUUAAUGGUUUGAAGAGGUCAUUGUAACCGGGAAUAUAAACGCUUUCGAUGGAGCGAAAAUGUGGAAAAACAGUAAAUCUGACUAGGGUUAAGCUUAAGAGGAAUGAAAUUCUAACCAGUGGUGGUCUUGUGUGGACAGAGGACAAUACACCUGUUCUUCUUUUUUUAAUUGAAAAGACUUCUAUACUACAGCCACAGCUUUUAACUGUCGCACACUAUUGUUUCAGUACAUAGACGUUCAUUCACUUGGAAUUUUGCAAUUGUGCCAAAGGUUCCAUCCUAUAAUAAUAAUAGUAAUAAUAAUAAUGGGUUAAUAUAAUUGUAGUGUCAAUAUUUCAUAAUCGAUGUCUGCUAUUUUAGUCUAACCGAUGAAAAGAAAUGUGUCGUUGUAUCCAACCUCCACCAAAAAUUGCACAUACUUCAUAUUUAAUUUUCCAGAAAUUACUAAUUUUUAUAUUUCUUAAAAUCACUAAAACUAAACUAAAAGUGCUCAAGUGAAUAUCUUUUUUCCUUUUCUUUAUUAUUAUUACUACUAUUAUUUUCAUUUCCUGAACAGAAACUGUACCAUUUAUGGGCUUUUUUUCCUGGAAAAGAGCAACAUUCAUCUUAGGAAAUAAAAUAAAGCUAUGGUGUGAUAGGGAAUAUGGUCAUUUCCAGAAUGUUCUCCUGCUACUUUUGUGUCAGUUCUACCCAUAAACUACCCCCUGUAGGAAUGUUUUGUGGACAACAGAGUCACAUGUAGACAUUUUUGGAUGUGAAUUUUCUUGGGGGGAAAUCAUCUUACAAGGGGGUGAAACCACACCCAGCUUAUCAAUCGAUAUCAUCGAAAAGUCGACUAUGGCGGUGUUCGUCUUGAGGUGUAAGGAUGCACUGCUAACUCAGGCAUUGAAAUGAUUUGCAAUUGAUGAAGGAAAUGUGAAUUUGGCUCUGUAAGACAGAAUUCUUCCAAAGGAUGACAAACCCACCAUCUAUUGCCUAAAUCAUCCCCAACAUAUGAGCAGGCCUAAGGAGAACGGCCACGGAAAAGAAAAUUCAGAGGUGUGGAGCGGCGAGGACAAAGUCUAAAGCUAAACCUAGCAGAGUCGUCCUGACGUGAGGAGAUUAUGGUAGCCCCGUUACUUAGUGAACACAGUCCAAUGUGAAAGAAUGACCUGAAAUUCGACCACAUCGAUGAGAGAAACUCAAAAUUCACAGGAGUUGGAUCUUAUUGAGCCAUCUGCCUAUUUUUAAUGUGAGGACGUUGAUUGCUGACCACUUUGUUUAUGAAAUGAAAUAAAGAAAUAAGGAUAAAAAUGUGGUGUUUUGUUACUUGAAUAAAGCUCUGCUGGAAUUUCAUGUCAAAAAUGUGUAAAGGUUCUGAAACCUUUCUAACCCUUCCUUAAUUAGUGACCAGUUU